UUACCAAACACGCGACAAAUAUUCCCGCAAGAAAUGCUGCCAGUACCAUAUCUCUAUGCAUCAUCAAUCUAUAGAAGUUCUACUAUAUCAUCUGUAGAACCAUGGAUGACUCUAUGCCACAUCAUAGGGCUUGGCUGGUAGUCAACUUUUGUUGCUUCAGCACAAUCAUAAGGAUAGACAAAAGGUAAAGAUUUGGUGUUCAGGAAAUAGAAAUAUCGUACAAUUCACCAAACAUUUAUACGAGCCGUUUUUUAAAAAAAUAUUUCCUUCCAAAUGUGUCGUUUCUUCGAUUUGCCAAAAAAGCCUUUUCACGAUCCAACCGAACAUUCGGCCUAUAGGCUGUUCACAAUCUGCAGUAACAUUUAUUUAUCUUUUAUUUGCUGAAAGCUGAUAAUUAUCAUAUAAAAUAAGUCGAAUAUUUGUUAAUAAUAUUUGCAAUUAUAUAGUAGAAAUAAAUUAAAUACAAACAUUUACAGUGAACGUUUAUAAUUCGGUAAUUUAAUAACCUUAGCUUUUUCGAGCAGCUUCACAAACCCGUUUUGACAUUCGAUCAGCAGCUCGAAUUUGUAUGACAUUCGGAUUCGUUUGAUUAUCAAUUUUUAACGGCCAUUGUAGUUGCACGGCUAUGCAGCAUCUUCGCUGCGAACGGCUUGUUUGUGAAAAUUUUCAUUUGCGUCGUAUUUAGUGUAGUUGAUCAACCAUGGCUGACAAAAACAAGGAGGAGCCGUAUUGGAGUCGGAUAGUACUGAGAUGGGUUAAAUGUGCUCAACUGAACGCCGGCCACGAUAACAUCGAUUUAGCUGCCUGCUACUACAAUUUUAGAUGCAAAAUCAAAGACUAUUAUGAUUUGCAAGAAAAGACAAUCGUGGAGUUUCUGCGCGUAAAGUUUCCUGACUUUGAGCUGCAGCUGGGCAAGGAAAAUGAAGUACCGGCAAGCGACGCCAUUUACGUAUUUUCGCUGAUGCUUUACUUUUCCUGCGUUCGGCACUCGAUUCCGUAUUUCCAAAACAUUGGCAAAGAGUUUGAUGUAGCGUACCAGCACAGCAUGAAAGCCUUUCUGAACUCGUUUGUUUCAGAAAAUGACAAUAAAAUCGUCAUUAAUCGCUCAUUCAUGCAUAAAGCAUUUCAAAACGCAAAGCGAUCGGCUACCGUGUUAAGCGAAGACUCUUGUAAUCGAAGAGAUCACAGUCAACAUGGCGUACAGAUGUUAACUAGCACACCAAUCGGAAAGCUAGAAAUGAAGAAACCAUCACCACCGACGCCGAAAAGCGUAGCGCUUGAAUGGAAAGUCAAAAAUCUCAAUGCCAUGCUAGAAUCAGCCAGAAGUGAAAACAUUACCCAGGAAAGACAGAUCGAGCAACUGUUGCAAAAUGUUAAGGAUUUACAAGAAGACAAGAAAAGAUAUCGGACGAAAAUUAGUGUUUUGCAACUGAAAGAAAUGUGUUCGUGUACGAGCGAUUCAGCAGAACUGCCACAUACUAUCAACCGGGAAACGGAACAACUGCAAAAACAACUUGAUAUGAAUAACAAACUCAUAGAGACACUGCAAGAAAACAUCAGCAAGGCGAAGGAAAGCGCUAAGACAGCAACGGAGCGAUACAUGGCAAUGCAAAAGCAAUAUGCAGCGGUUCAAGAAGAUAACGUACGUAUGAAGAUAACUAUCGAAGAUCUGAAAGAAGAGCUUACCUUACGAGAUAACAUGAAUCAAAAUCUCACUGAAGCCGUUAACGAUUUGCGGCGUUUCAUACGCGAAAAUCAUAUUAGGGGCGCUGAGUUGAUGGAACCGCUUAAUAGCUCAUUUGAGUAUUUGGACAAGUCUUUUAAAAAUGUGACGUCUGACGAUAGUCAAUGUUACGACUCGGAGAAUCUAGCAUCAACGGUAGUAGACAUCAAAUUAAAAGAGAAAGAGCACGAAAACGAAGCAUUGACAAUGAAAAUACAAGAAUUGGAAGGUAAUCUACAAGAUAUGCAAAGAUUACAAAAAGAAAUGCUUGAACAACACACAGACAGACAAACAGAAGCAAAUGCGAAGAUUGCUGAUCUCCUACGAUCGUUGGCUGAAUCGGAGGAGCAUAAGAAGCAGCUCACACACGAUCACGACAAGCUAAACAAAGAGAUGGAAAUUUUAAUUUGCCAGUUAAAGUCGCAAAAGCAAUCGCACUUUGAAGAACGUGAGCGUUUGCAAGCCGAAAUGAACGAGAAAAUCGCAGAAUUUCAAAUUAGCUCAGCAGAAGCACGGCAAAUUCAAAUGAAGCUUGCAGAUGAAAUUAAGCAGAAACAGGCAGAAAUACAAGACCUGAAUCGUAAAUUCGACAUUCAAUUAAACCUUCAGGCUGAGAUGGAUGAGAAAACUGCAGAGAUGCGACAAGCGUUAGCUGAUGCAGAGAAAGACAAAUCACAACUCACAGAAGAUCUUAAGAAGGGCAAAGCUGAGUCUGAAGAAUUGAUUUGUCAGUUGGAGUCUCUCAAGAAACUGCAGAUGGAGGAACGUUUGCGUUUGGAAGACGAGAUGAAUAAGAAAACUGCAGAGAUGCAACAAGCGUUAGCUGAUGCAGAGAAAGACAAGUCACAACUCACAGAAGAUCUUAAGAAGGGCAAGGCUGAGUCUGAAGAAUUGGUUUGUCAGUUGAAGUCUCUCAAGAAACUGCAGAUGGAGGAACGUUUGCGUUUCGAAGCCGAGAUAAAUAAGAAAACUGCAGAGAUGCAACAAGCGUUAGCUGAUGCAGAGAACGACAAGUCACAGCUUGCAGAAGAUCUUAAGAAGGGCAAAGCUGAGUCUGAAGAAUUGGUUUGCCAGUUGGGAUCUCUCAAGAAACUGCAGAUGGAGGAACGUUUGCGUUUCGAAGCCGAGAUGAAUAAGAAAACUGCAGAGAUGCAACAAGCGUUAGCUGAUGCAGAGAACGACAAGUCACAGCUUGCAGAAGAUCUUAAGAAGGGCAAAGCUGAGUCUGAAGAAUUGGUUUGUCAGUUGGAGUCUCUCAAGAAACUGCAGCUGGAGGAACGUUUGCGUUUGGAAGCCGAGGUGAAUAAGAAAACUGCAGAGAUGCAACAAGCGUUAGCUGAUGCAGAGAACGACAAGUCACAGUUUGCAGAAGAUCUUAAGAAGGGCAAAGCUGAGUCUGAAGAAUUGGUUUGUCAGUUGGAGUCUCUCAAGAAACUGCAGAUGGAGGAACGAUUGCGUUUGGAAGCCGAGGUGAAUAAGAAAACUGCAGAGAUGCAACAAGCGUUAGCUGAUGCAGAGAAAGACAAGUCACAACUCGCAGAAGAUCUUAAGAAGGGCAAAGCUGAGUCUGAAGAAUUGGUUUGUCAGUUGGAGUCUCUCAAGAAACUGCAGCUGGAGGAACGUGUGCUUUUGAAAGCCGCGGUUAAUAAGAAAACUGCAGAGAUGCAACAAGCGUUAGCUGAUGCAGAGAACGACAAGUCACAGCUUGCAGAAGAUCUUAAGAAGGGCAAAGCUGAGUCUGAAGAAUUGGUUUGUCAGUUGGAGUCUCUCAAGAAACUGCAGAUGGAGGAACGUUUGCGUUUCGAAGCCGAGAUGAAUAAGAAAACUGCAGAGAUGCAACAAGCGUUAGCUGAUGCAGAGAAAGACAAGUCACAACUCGCAGAAGAUCUUAAGAAGGGCAAAGCUGAGUCUGAAGAAUUGGUUUGUCAGUUGGAGUCUCUCAAGAAACUGCAGAUGGAGGAACGUUUGCGUUUCGAAGCCGAGAUGAAUAAGAAAACUGCAGAGAUGCAACAAGCGUUAGCUGAUGCAGAGAAAGACAAGUCACAUCUUGCCGAAGAUCUUAAGAAGGGCAAAGCUGAGUCUGAAGAAUUGGUUUGUCAGUUGGAAUCUCUCAAGAAACUGCAGAUGGAGGAACGAUUGCGUUUGGAAGCCGAGGUGAAUAAGAAUACUGCAGAGAUGCAACAAGCGUUAGCUGAUGCAGAGAAAGACAAGUCACAACUCACAGAAGAUCUUAAGAAGGGCAAGGCUGAGUCUGAAGAAUUGGUUUGUCAGUUGGAGUCUCAACACAAACUGCAGAUGGAGGAACGUUUACGUUUCGAAGCCGCGAUGAAUGAACAAAUUUCAGAGAUGCGACAAGCGUUGGCUGAUGCAGAGAAAGACAAAUCGCAACUCGAAAUCUAUCUUCAAAACGAUAAAUCCAAAAGAGAAGAAUUGACUUGUCAAUUGAUGAUCCAAAAGCAAAUACAUAUCCAGGAAUGUGAAUGUUUGCGGUCCGAAAUGAACGGGAAAAAUGUCGAAUUGCAGCGAUGCUUGGCAGAAGCAGAACAAAUGAAACAAAAUCUGUUUGAUGAACUCAAAGCAGAACAGGCGAAGACACAAGAUCUGAACCGUAAACUCGACAUUCAACUAAACCUUCAGGCUGAGAUGGAUGAGAAAACUUCAAAGAUGCGACAAGCGUUAGCUGAUGCAGAGAAAGACAAAUCACAACUCGCGGAAGAUCUUAAGAAGGGCAAAGCUGAGUCUGAAGAUUUGGUUUGUCAGUUGGAGUCUCUCAAGAAAUUGCAGCUGGAGGAACGUUUGCGUUUCGAAGCCGAGGUGAAUAAGAAUACUGCAGAGAUGCAACAAGCGUUAGCUGAUGCAGCGAAAGACAAGUCACAACUCGCAGACGAAUUAAAUCGUCUGAAAAGUAACGAAUCGUUUACAACAGCUUUACGCACUGAAAUGCUUGAGAAGGUUUCGACACUGCAACAGAGUUUAGAGCAGGAGAGAGAAAAAUCGGAAGAAAUCAAUUGUCAGUAUCUGCAAGCCAAAAAGCAAGCAGAUGAUCUAGAUGCGCAGUGUAUAAAGCUGAUGCAGAAGUUAUCCGAGGAUCGCACUGAUAUAUCCAAUCUUCAGAGCGAACUUACAUCGAAGGAUGCGAAACUGGAGGAAUUGAAGGCGCUGUACGAUGAGAAGCAGAAGCAGUUCGAAAAGAACUAUCAGGAUAACGAAAUACUCUCGGUGAAGCUGUACAAGGCGCGCUCGGCUUUGAAAGAGAAAGAGGACGCAUGGGCGAAAUCAAUGCAGGAUUGUAAAAAGGAUAUGGAGGAGAAGCUUCGCGACGCCCGGAUCGAGUUUGAUAGCACAAUGGAAAAGAUGAAAGAUCGAAUGAAAGAGCUGCACAAAGAAGUUAAAACAAAGCUAGCAUGCGACAAUCAAGGGUUGGCAUUAACUGCUGAUGGCUACAGAAGAAAGGUUGAAAAUCUGGAAAUACGCUGCGCUAAGCUGCAGAAACAGCUGGCCGAAAUGAACGAGCGCAAUUUGGAUGUACGGAAAGAGAAUCAGCAUUUGCAUAUCAAGCUGAAAACAUUGGAAGAGUAUGGUCACGAUCGCAAGUCCUUAAUGCUACCAACGCAGGCCAGCCUUCGUAGCAACCUAAGGAUGGAGGACGAGGAAGGUGAGCUGUUCAACAAUAUGUACCUUGCCGAUUUGAAGAGUGGUCGUUGUGUAUCGCCGGGACCAACGAACGGUGGUUUGGAUCGUUACUCUGAACUUUCGCAGCGAAAUUCGAAGCUUUUGCCACAUUUACGCACCAACUAUGUCGCACUCGCACCAGACUGUGAGCCACCGCAUGACGACACCAGGGAUAAUAUGUCAACGACAUUUGAUGAUAGCUCCACUGGUUUGAUAUCGCGCCGAAAGGUUAGCGGCAUCACGUCGUACAAACGUCCUGGGCCACCAACGCCGAGCAAGCGUGCCGGUCGGCUCUCGCUAAACGGUGCACUGGCGAUGGACAAUGGCGGUGAGAUACAGUACAAAGAUGCACUGCGCGAUGCAAACACGGAUGCUGCCAUGGGUGGUGGUGGUGGUGUCGGUACCGUAGCAGAAACGACCGGAACGACACGGCUCGGGCGUACGAAAACGCCCGGCAAGUUUAAGCAGAUGAUCAGUUCAUCCAGCUUGCUGAACAACUUUCAGCGUGAUGAGGGUUAUACUGCGGCGACGCUCAAGGCUAGUACUAGGCGCGUACAUAACGCGGCCAACGAUUACCCUCCGGACAUGCCAUCAAAUGGGGCCAUCCGCUUGAGUGCGGUUGCCAAGCGUAAAUGCUUGCAGCGCAAAAUUUUGUUCGAUUCCAACCGAGGUUUAGCCAACGGUAGUACGCAUUGCAGUCAAGAUAGUGCUGCAAAUGAAGCUUCCUUACCGUUGCGCACCAUCUUGGAAUAUCCAACUCCGAAAGAGACAUCUCUGGAGAAGGGUAACGCAUGUGGUAACGCUUCCCCGUUUGACGCGUUACAAUCUAUUGCGCCAAUGACACCCGUUACUACGGCCAUAUUGCCAGUGACCAGGACGAACACUACCUUGACGGACGUUACGACCGUUACGACCACUACAACGACACUCGCGACAGCCACCAAUGGGCAUCCGGUACCUCAUCUCGCUGCAAGCGAUUACAGCUUCACGCAGCCGUACGGCAGCAAUCGGUACAAUAUCCUUCGCAUGCAAUUGCAAAGGCGCGAAAAACGUCGCCUGCUGUACGACGAAACACGCAAAGUUCCAGCCAAAGGCAGAAACGUUCUAUCCUCGGUGUCUUUCGGAUCACCAAGCGUUAGCGUUACGGCACGUGACGUGGACAAUAAUAAUGACAUGGAUUCUACCGGCGACAUCACUCUGUAUCACAGUUUUACCAGCGACAUGGACGACAGCAACAAACCCACAUUGAACACUGCCUGUCCCAAUUCCACCACGGCAGAUUGUACCAGAACACCACUGUUACUUAUUAUACUAGCUUACAUUGGUUUUUUGGCGCAGAUUUUGUUCUGUUUCGGUAACCGACCGAACAGUAGUCGAAACCGUUAGCACCACCCACCCGUACUUGGGGGAGGUUUAAGUUUUUUAUUUAUUUAGACAUAGUUCUAGCUAUUCCUUCUGCGUACGAUAGAAAGUAGGUUUUUUUUAAACACUCUUAGCUUUUUUUUGUGCACGUUAGUAAUGAGGAAUGUUUCUCUACCAGCCCCUCUCGUCCAUUGCACUAGUGCGAUUUCCAAACAAAUAAAUUCGCAUAAUGCAUACCCAUACAUUCCACCCUAUCUGUUUCGAUUUAUGAUUUUCAGAACACAUCACCACGGCGACGGCUCAGCUGGUUUAACAAAGGCAAAAAGUAUUAGAGUAGAGUGCGUUGCAAAAAAAGCAAAACGCUCCGUACAUCCCGGUGCGUCAAGUAUCACAACUUCAUCGUAACGUCGAGCAAACAUAGGGAUGUUGUACGACAGACCGACUGUUCGGUUCGUGAUUUGUUUGUACAUAUAGUACGCCUUAGUAUGGUGUUAUGCUGUAAGCUAUAUUAGAUAAUUGAACUUGUCUCGUAUGCAACGCACAUGCAUAGCAUUCCAGACGAUUAUGAUAUAUUUUUUUGUUAGUAUUUCGUUAAAAAUAUGGUUCGUCAAUAAAUGUCGAAAAUUCCCCGUACAGCAACGCGGGUUGGCGAUGGAUAGUA